AUGCAAGCAGCAAUGGGUGGUAUGGGCUCGCUUGCGGGCUAUAGUUUCACUCAGCUAACGCCAGCACAACCUUCGUACAAUACAGCUCCGUCGCAUCCCCAACAGCAGCAGCAGCAGCCAGGUGUACCGUCCACAAGCGCAGCGCUUCCUCUGCCCGGUGAUAUUUCCAUGAAAGGCGAUAUUCCAGGGUGCAGCUCGGUCGCAUCUAUCCACUCAGACAGUAUCAGAGAUGCAUCCUCUACUUAUGAUGCGUAUGGGACCAGCGAAAGUAAUCCUGAAAUGGAACCGUGCGUUUCUUCGUUACGAUCGAGCGUCAGCCCACGAAGCCAAGAAGAACAUGUGAUCAUGGCACCUUUCGAUGCGUAUGAUGCAUUGGAACAGGAAAAGAAGAAGCUGGAGAGGAAGAGAGCACGAAAUCGCCUAGCCGCAACGAAAUGUCGACAGAGGAAGUUGCAAAAAAUUAAUGAUCUCGAAAAACAGGUUGCAGAGGAGAAACAGAGAGGAAGUCGUUUGGACGAGGAUAUGAAACUUCUUGAAGCAUCAGUCACUCAUCUAAGGCAAUUACUUCAGAAGCACCAAAAUAAUGGUUGCGUUGUUCCAAGCAAAGUGAUCUCCGCAUAG